AUGUGUCCAGGUAACUGUCCCCCAACUUGCCACUGCAGUUUUAAAUGGGUCUGGAUUUUGUACAUAGUGGCAGCUGGUGGUUUUUCCGUAGUGGCAUUUGAAGUGAUUAUAUACUUCAUUGUAAAGAGAAAGAAGACGAAGAAAAGCGCUGAACUCCAGUUAACACAAACCUACAGUACUUGCCAAGAUUCUCAGGAUAUCAGAUCUAACAAAGGAAGGGCUUCAACAACGGACAAUUUAACGGGUUCUAACAUCCAAUGUGAUGAAACAGACCAUACCUAUGAAGCCGCAGUCGGUGGAUCCGAUGCUCCCAGUUUCUAUAUGGCAUUAAAUCCUCCUGAUACAGGUGAACCAUCCCCUGCCACCAGACAGGAUGCCUCCAAUCCCAACUGCUCAUCAGCUGACGAUUAUGAUGACGUAGCUCUGCCUGAACGGGUGUAGAUUCGGGCGACGACACUACAGGGGAGUGUUUCAUCAACAUUUUCAUCCGACAAGUUGUCACAUCUUUCUCUGAU